UUCGCCAGUUUUAGACCUUUUAUAUACCAGCUUUAAGUAAGGCGCUUGCCAAAAAAAUGGAUUUAUAUAUUUCUAGAGAAUAUGGGUCAAGAUAUCCUUGCAUACGCAAAAUAGAUACAGCAAAUUUUGUAGUUGUUGAUAAGCCUGAGUACGAUUUGGUUUUAGGAAAUGUAUGGCUAAUGCAUACAGGAUAUGCUUUUUCAUUGCAUACAUUUUACGAGCUAUUAUUCCCUGAUUUCACUGCAACGGAUUCAGAUGGAGAAAUCAUAAUAACCAAAUUUUUCAAACAUCAUAAAGUUAUGAGAAAUCUUGAUCUAAGUGAAUAUUAUGAUUCGGAAUACACUGAAACAGAGUCUGAAUGUUCUAGCUCUGAGGACGAGAGCGAGGAUGAAGAAGUCGCCUAUAAUAACAAUGCGCCUCCUCCGAUAAUUAUGGGUACGGCUGAUACUCCGAACGAUUUUGUUACCGCAUUUAAUGAUUAUCUUAGACAAGCAGAUGGUGCACAGAAUAUUAUUUCCGCGUUUCUUUAGUCGAG